AUGGAAUGUAUGGAAGGUGGUGAAUUAUUCAAUCGUAUUCAACAACGAAAUGAUAAUCCAUAUACCGAACGUGAUGCUGCUAGAUAUAUAUGGAUGAUUGUUCAAGCUGUUCAUCAUUUACAUACAAUGGAUAUAGCAUUAAAAGAAUUUUUUUCAUUUACUUUAUUUCUUGUACAACAGGCGUGUGAUAUUUGGUCGAUGGGUGUUAUUAUGUAUAUCCUUCUAUGUGGUUAUCCUCCUUUUUUUUCGGAAGGUGGACAUACAACCAGUUCUGGUAUGGAGAGUAAAAUCAAAGCUGGUGAUUAUCAAUUUCCGGAUGCUGAAUGGCGAAAUUUCUCACCAGAAGCUAAAUCAACUAUUCAACGAAUGCUUACAGUGGAUCCAGCUCAGCGUAUUACAAUUAAUGAAAUUCUCACAUGUUCAUGGCUUACUGAAUUGACAUCCAACAGACCAAUCAAUAUGAUUGUACUUCAAGAUGCAGAAACUCGACAACAAUUAGAAGCUGCAGUUGCUUCUGCUACGGAUGACCAACGUCGAACUGAUGAUGAUUUAGGCAUUGAAAUAUCUGGACCAGAAGCAUCACGUAUCGCCAAACGAGCAGCCAAACGAAACCGACACAUGGCUAUUGCCGAUGAGGGACAUCAUUGA